AGGUAGGUCUCGUAGUGAGCUAGCGCGAGGCUGUGUGGUCUUCCAUAGAGGAAGCGUGAGGCCGUGUGAUUGAGGAGAACAGACGACAGGACAAACAUAAGAAGGUGUGGGAAUAUUUUAGUGGCUUUGUAAUAAUGGCUAAGGGUGAUCCAGGGAAACCCAAGGGCAAGAUGUCUGCCUAUGCCUACUUUGUCAAGACAUGUCGUGAAGAGCACAACAAGAAGAACCCUGGUGUUACGGUUAACUUCUCAGAAUUUUCCAAGAAGUGCUCUGAGAGAUGGAAAACCAUGUCUCCGAAAGAGAAGACUAAAUUUGAAGACCUGGCCAAACAGGACAAGGCUCGUUAUGAUCAGGAAAUGAUGCACUACAAUCCAGGAAAGAAAGGUCGGAAGCAGAAGAAAGACCCUAAUGCUCCAAGGCGGCCACCGUCUGGAUUUUUCCUGUUCUGUGCAAAGCAGAGGCCAAUUAUCAAGGCUCAGAACCCCAGCCUUGGCAUUGGAGAUGUAGCCAAGAAACUGGGAGGGAUGUGGAACAACCUGUCUGAUUCUGAGAAGCAGCCCUUCCUAUCAAAUGCUGACAAACUGAAGGACAAGUAUCAGAAGGAUAUGGCCUUUUACAGAAAAAAGGGAAGUGGAGGCUCAUCGUCUGCCAAAUCUGAACCAAAGGAUGACGACGAGGACGAUGAUGAGGAAGAAGAGGAUGACGACGAUGAUGAUGAGGAUGAUGACUAAAUGACUGGUUUCUCCUAAUUGGGCAGUAAGGUGUUUGAUCACUUAAGUCUGGGUCUAAAAGGUCUUUGUGUCAAGGCUGCUAUACACUGAUAAUCAGUAAAAGAGCCCAAUGCUUGCAAGCUCUGUCUUCAGACAACCUCUCUCAAUGGUGAGUUUGCUGGUGGACCUGUUACAGCUUGCUAUUAAACUGUUGGUAAGAGCAUAAUGUUUCCACACUGUCGAACAAAAAGUAUUAGCAGUACAAACUUUUUAAAAGUAUUUAAGUGGUGUCUAUAUAUGGCUGUUAAACUUAACAACAACAAAAAAUCUUUCUGUAACUUUCUGUGUUGUUGGAAGGAUGUUCAUUAUAUGCAAAAUUAUUAUUAUUUCUUGAGUGAUUAAGUUGAGUGAAUUUUAUGUUUGCAAAGUCUAGGAACUUUAUCAGCUUAAACCAGAGGCAAGUGAUCAAAUGUUUAGGGGACAUGAGCUAUUAUUUGCUCCUUCAGUUGUUUGAUGUUGUGUAUCAAUGAUACUGUGAUUUGAAAUAAACAUGGCAUUUUUAGAUGUUAAAUGUUUUUUUAUUAUUUUUUUUAUGCAUUUCUCAUGCAUAAAGUAGCAUUUAAAUAUUUGGAGUAUUUGUCAGUUAAUAAAAGGAUACAUGUAGCUAUUA